GCAGGUGUGUGAGGGAGGAUGGACAGUGGAAGUAUCCUCAUGGAAGAUCAGAAGUGCGAUGAUGUACCUGAAGAGCGAUUGGCCUACGAAGAUGAAGGAAGUUCACCAACAAAGCCUGAGAAAGUUCUUGGUGCAGAAAGUGGUGAGGAAAGAGCUAGCUCUCCGGUCCCCAGUUGCCUGUCCAUGAAGAGUGACUGGUCCAUGGAGCUACCAGUUAACCUAAAGCAAGCGGAUAACACUCCUGAGAAAUGCUAUAUCAAUAUAUCCAUCUCUUCCUUUACCUAUUGGCUCUGAGUCAACAGUUUAUCAUAGCUACAUUAUCAUGUACACAUAUCAUAUAGGUCACAUUGUAGACAUACAAUUACAUAAACCAAUGCAAUGCAAGCAGCGCUGUACGGGAUACACUCACAUCAGCACUGAGGACACUAUCGUGUCUGCAGGAAGAAGUAGGCCAUUUCUUGAUGGCCAUCAAGUUGGUCUAAGGGAAUUACAUUUAGGGCACACUAGGAAGGCGGAAUAUGUUGCUGUCCUUCCACCGGAAAUGGGAUAUACCGGCAUACAGGUUUCUCAGAUGCAGACAAAAGCACAUGGGCCUUUCAGAUGUGGAGAGAAGGUGUAGGGACCAGUUGUGUUUGACAAUCCUCUUCGUUUGUUCAACCUCUUGGGUUGUCUUGCGUCCAUUGCUUACAUGCUUUGCAAGCUUUUCAGUAGUUUCAUUGGGGGGCAAAUCAAAGAUGUCUGGCUGCAGACCCCACUUGUUGCUUCCAUUCUUUGUCAAUGAACUGGUUAAAUCUGUUCGUAACACUGAUCCACCAACAAAAUAAUAUCCUCUCAGUGGUGGUCCCUUCCCACUAAUAGACGAGGUACAUAACAUCAGAUGGACUGGUCAGUGAUUAUACACCUACAAUGUUCACUGAUAAAAUGGCAACAGCAUCAGCUACAUAAUGUUUGUCACUGGAAAUAAAUCAGUUCUGUUCUAUGUUUAAGGGCCUCUCUAGAGACAAAGAACUCAUCUCCUCCAAGCUGUCUGUCCAUAAGGAGUCACCAUUCGAUGGAUCCACCAAUCAAAUUUAAAGACGGAGCUCCUAUCGAACAAAUGGGAACGCAGGAAAGAUCACAUGCACCAAGCUGCCUGUUCGUCAAAAGUCACCAUUCGAUGGAACCACCAGCCUCUUUCAAAGAGGACCAGCCAGGAAGCUCAGACGCACAAUAUGACCAGCGUGAACAGUUGUAUCUUUCUGCUACAUUAAGGAGCUUUGAGAAGAAGUUUAUGAGUUUGAUGGAACGGGAGAUGAAGAAAAUCAGCCGGAUUCUCAGCCCAGAUUACGCUGGACCUGUGGAAAGUUCAGAAGAAGAGGAGGACGGCAGUGACGCCAGAGAAGCAGCUCUAAAGACCGCCCUGCACAUUUUAAAAGACAUGAAAGCGCAAGACCUGGUUGAAAAGCUGACUAAAUUUGAACGCGUAUACGCGCUUCAGAAAAAAAUCAAAUCCGACCUGAAGCGCAGGAGCGAGCAUGUGUUUGAAGGAAUUGCUAAGCAAGGAAACCCAUCCCUUCUGAAUAAGAUUUACACUGAGCUCUACAUCACAGAGGGUGGAUGUGGAGCCCUCAACCACGAACAUGAAGUGAGACAGAUCGAGUCACUGAACAGAGUUCCGGUGGCGCAUGAGACGCCAAUCAAAUGCAACGAAAUCUUUAAACCGCUACCGGGCCAAAACAAAUGCAUCAGGACCGUCCUGACCAACGGUGUAGCUGGUAUCGGAAAAACUGUCUCCGUCCAGAAGUUUAUCCUGGACUGGGCUGAAGGAAAAGCCAAUCAAGAUGUACAUUUCUUGUUUCCGUUGCCUUUUCGGGAGCUGAAUCUCAUGAGGGAAGAGCGACACACCAUGGAAGGACUUCUUCAGCUCUUUUUCAGAGAGAUGAAAGACUUCCCGGUCUCAGAACUCGAAAACUACAAGGUGGUUUUCAUCUUUGAUGGACUGGAUGAAUGUCGACUUCCUCUAGACUUCAAAAACUAUGAGAGAUGUUCGGAAAUAAUGAAACCAACAUCGCUGGAUGUUCUUCUAACAAACCUUAUAACAGGGAAUCUGCUUCCAUGCUCUCGGCUCUGGAUCACUUCCCGACCAGCAGCCGCUAACCGGUUACCCCCUAAGUGCAUCGACCAAGUAACGGAGGUGAGGGGAUUCAAUGACCCCCAAAAAGAAGAGUACUUCUGCAAGAGAAUCAGAGACCAAAGUUUGGCCAACAGGAUAAUCCAUCAUGUGAAGUCCUCCAGAAGUCUUCAUAUCAUGUGCCAUAUUCCUGUCUUCUGCUGGAUCUCUGCCACGGUGCUUGAGAGGCGGUUGGGCGAAGUAGGGAAUCAUCUCAUGCCCAAAUCGCUGACUGAAAUGUACACCCAUUUUUUGAUCUUUCAGACAGUACAGAGAAAUGAAAAAUAUACCGAAGGGAAAGACAUGCAGCUUUGCUUUACCAAGGAAAACCUUCUUUCACUCGGAAAGCUAGCUUUCCAGCAACUCCAUAAAGGUGACUUGAUCUUCUAUGAAGAAGACUUGCAGGAAUGUGGCAUUGACGUCAAAGAGGCAUCCGUCUAUUCUGGAGUCUGCACGCAGAUAUUCAGAGAGGAGUUUGCGCUAUACCAGAGAAAGGUCUACAGCUUUGUGCAUUUGAGCUUCCAGGAAUAUCUUGCAGCUUUGUUUGUGCACCUAUGCUGGGCUGGCGCGACUGAAUUUAACCAGCUUCAAGAUCAUAACCUCCAGAAGCUUUGCCUUGAUUCAACACUUUUCGAUUUGCACAAAAGCGCGGUGGACUUGGCUUUGCGCUCAAGGAACGGCCACUUGGACCUCUUCCUCCGAUUCCUCCUCGGUCUGUCUCUGGAAUCCAAUCAUAACCUGCUGCAUGGUUUACUGCCGAAGAAUACGCGCGCCGAUCGGACCUGCCAGGAAACCGUGACCUACAUAAAGCUCAAGCUUGGGGAGAACCUUAGGCCCGAGAGCACUAUUAACCUGUUCCACUGUCUGCAAGAGCUUAACGAUCAUUCACUCGUACAGGAAAUUCAAACCUACCUAAACACGAAGUGUCUCUCGGCAGAAGUGCUCGCGCCAGCACAGUGGUCAGCUAUGGUCUUUGUGUUGCUGACCAGUGAGAAGAAGCUGGAGGUGUUUGACCUAAGGAAAUAUGUCAGGUCAAACGAAGGAUACAAACGGUUGAAACCCGUAGCCAAGGCAUCCAGGACUGUCAUAUUGUCUUCAUGCAACCUUACAAAAGACAUCUGUCACUCACUGGCCAGCAUUCUCCUUUCGAACUCUUGCGCUAUUACAGAGCUGGAUUUAACUGACAAUUGCCUGCAGGACAAAGGAGUGGAACAACUGUGCCGUGGAUUGAAGAGUCCAGACUGUCGACUGGAGGUGCUGAAACUUGCAUUUUGCAGUUUCAAAAGAAUUGGCUGUUCUCAUCUUGUUUCUGCUCUGCAAUUAAACCCUGGCCACCUGAGAGAGCUGGACCUGAGCUACAAUCUUACUGGAAGUGAUGCUCUUACUGCGCUCCUGGCAUUACUGCCCAACAGCAAGAUCGAAACACUGAGGCUUGCACAUUGUAACAUCACAAAGGAAUGGUGUGCUUUUCUGGCCUCGGCAGUAAGUGCCACACCAUGUCACCUUAAACAUCUGGAUCUGAGUGACAACAGCAUAGGGGACAUGGGAGCAGGAGUCUUUCCUGAAUUACUGAGCAAUGAAAAUUGUAAACUUCAGUCCCUAAGGCUGGCGAAAUGCAACAUAACUUGGAAAAGCUGUAACAUGCUAGAAUAUGCGUCCGGCUCGAUGUCCUGGCGUCUCAGAUCCCUCGACUUGAGUGAGAAUGACCUGCAGGACUUAGGAGUCAAACAACUUGCUUAUGAACUGGAUAAACCCACAUGCAAAUUAGAGGAAUUAAGGCUCUCGUCUUGUGGAUUCACCGAGAGAGGAUUCUCAGCCCUGGCUUCGGCUCUGACGUUAAACCCCACAUGCCUGAGAGAGCUGGAUCUGAGUAAGAAUUUCCCUGGCAAGACAGCGAUGGAGCAGCUGUGUGCAGCUGUGAGACAGUCCACCUGCACUCUUCAAACGUUGUGCAUGGACCAAUGUGGCCUUGGCUCAGAAAUAUGCGCCUCCCUUGCCAAAACCCUUAGCCAGAGCUCGAGUCUGACAGAGUUGAGCCUCCGCAAUAAUGAACUCGGAGAUGAGGGAGUAAGGAUGCUCUUCUCUGGGCUACAGAGUGGACGUUGCUCCUUGAAGAUCCUGAGACUGGCUAACUGUUCCCUGACGAACAGCAUCUGUGAGUUCUUGGCCCCUGCACUAAGCUCGAGCACCACAGGCCUGUCAGAGCUGGACCUGAGCGGCAACAGCUUCAGCGAAACCAGAGCCAGUUUCCUGUGCUCGAUAUCAAACAUAAAUCUUGCACUGUGAUAAGAACUGCUGAACCCCAUUUUUCAUUUAUCUCAAUUACCGGUGUCUUUGCAUGAUUUUUAUAGCUCGUUUUAAUCGUCUCAUUCUCAAGAUAUUCAUGAACUGGUACAUGUGUGUUUAAACACUAAAAUGGGAAGAACAUUGAGUUUAGGCCUGGAAUUAUACUGUCAUUUUUCUUCAGAGGUGUCCAUUUAUAACAUUUCUUUCCCAUCAUCCGUUGGCAUAUCUGGAAAUACCGUGUCUGAGUUUGUGUAAGCUUUUUGGGGAAGAAUUUUUAGAAGUUUACAUGAUGUAACGGUUAAAACCCAAACUUACACAUGCUAAAAUUCUUUAGAAGGUCUCAUUUUAAACUUUGUAUGUAUAUAUAAAAACAAUAAUAUCUUUUUAAAAGAAGGAGAGUUUUCUAAGAGUUUUUCAAGGAAUAUGCAAGGGAUAAAACACUUGAGGUUGCGCUGUUACAGGAAACUAAUCAGUAACAGGGUAGUGUGAUGCAGCCUGACAUGUCGCGGAGUUACUCUUAUUGGUCAGAAGGGUUUUAUUCCUCUUAUACCACAGGAUUUUUCUGAUGAAUGCAAUUUUUUACAUUUGUUAUUAUACAACACGUCAUGGUUUUUUAAUUUGCAUUUUUUUAUGUUGUGUUAUUUCAUUUUUCUCAUGUUGUGGAACGUCCACGAAAUAAAUGUGUUCCUGUUCGUAAGCUAA